GUGUAUACCCUAUGCUGCAUGAUAAAGGUAGAGUUUUAUUAACAUAAAGGAAAAGCAAUCUGAGUGUAUGUCUACAAGAUCAUAUUCUUUAUAAUGGUGAUUCAUCUCUUUUGGCUCAUUAAUCAAUCGGGCCAGCUCAUGUCGAAGGUCAGCUUUACCAAACCUGAACUUAUCGGCGAGCUGGGCGCCAGGCCGGACCUUCAACUUACAAUAUCAAGCGUCCUCUUCUCAACUUUUGGUAUGUCGCAGGAGCUGACACCCAACUCGAAUUCGGUUGAUAACGCUGGUAUGACCUUAAUUGAGUGCGAAGAGCACAACAUUCACAUCUAUGAAACCCCCUCACUUGUCAAAUUUGUUCUUAUUUCUGACAUACAUACGCGGGAAUGCAGUGCCGUUUUUAGAGAACUUCAUACUGCCUAUGUGGAGUACGCAAUGAAGAACCCCUUUCAUAUCGUGGAUGAGUCGGGGAUUGGGCAACCGAUUCGGAUUCCAGCGUUUUUAGAGGCUGUCCGUGCGAUAGUUUCUCGCUAUCAAAAGAAGUAGAAAAUUGGAAGAUAUACUAAAAAGUUCAAAAAAAUAAUAAUACAUUUUUGUUCUGAUUGUAUCUUUAAUCCUUUUGAUAUUACUUGUUGUUUGUGAAACAUACAUAUAGGGGUGUUAUGUUAUUUUAAGGAACUAAUGAAUCAUUCCUUUGUGUAAAGUAUCAGAAUCUAAUUUCUAU